UCAUGGGACAUUCUGAAUGGGAUCACAAACGAGGACCCAGAGGAUCACAGUCUUCUGGUACCAGUAUCACAGUGGAUAUUGCAGUCAUGGGAGAAGCGCAUGGGCUCAUUACAGAUCUUCUGGCAGAUCCUUCACUGCCUCCCAACGUGUGUACUUCGCUGAGAACAGUGAGCAACCUGCUUAAUACACAGUUAACCUUCCAGGCCAUCCACAAGCCAAGGGUGAACCCUCUGGUAUCCUUCAGUGAGAAUUACACAUGCUCUGACUCGGAGGAAUGUCCAGAGAAAGGAGAAAAACUAGCAAUUCCCAAGCGCUUACGAAGAAGUUUGCCUCCAGGACUGCUGAGACGAGUGUCCUCCACUUGGACCACAACAACAUCAGCCACAGGUUUACCCACACUGGAGCCAGCCCCAGUGAGAAGAGAUCGCAGUGCCAGCAUCAAACCUCACGAAUCAUCUUCAUCCAGCACUGACUCUUGGAACAGUUCCCUUCUGAUGACAAUCACGAAGAGCAGGUCCUUCUCUACAUCUUAUGCCAUGUCUCCUACCAACCACCUGAAUGCCAAAAGGCAGAGCCGCCAAGGUAUCCCACCAAAUAUUUCACCACUCACCUCUCCAUGCCAUUCACCUCUUCAAGGGACACCUGCUACAAGUCCUACCGGAAAAACAUCUUCUGUGUCAUUUCCAGACUCUACAGAUACUGACAACAAGCAAGGUUUAAAGCCACACAAAGUCUUAACUGCUACUCAGAGUGCACCUAGCCUGUCAGAACCUAACAUCAGCCCCACUGUUAUCUGCAGCAGCUGCGGCAGACCCUACAACCAAAUAGAAGCUGGUGAUGGUACACUAGAUAGAAGCGAUGGUACCACCCACACUUUAAAUAGAACAGAUGAUCCUGCGCAAGCCACUUCUGACUAUGAGACCAACAACAGUGACAGCAGUGAUAUUGUACAAAAUGAUGAUGAGGCAGAUUGCUCCAAAGAAAAGGCACGGAAGGGAUCUGUCUGUAGAACAUAUGCACCUGAGACCAUCAUUCUGCAUCCUUUGAUACCACCUGAGGACAAGCCUGUACUCGCUCCUGAGCCUCUGGUUAUGGACAAUUUGGAUCCUCUAAUGGAGCAGCUUAACAGCUGGAACUUCCCAAUCUUCGAUUUGGUAGAAAAAAUUGGAAAGAAAUGUGGUCGGAUUCUCAGUCAGGUAUCAUACCGGCUUUUUGAAGACAUGGGGUUGUUUGAAACCUUUAAAAUUCCAGUGAGGGAAUUUAUGAACUAUUUCCAUGCCUUGGAAUGUGGAUACCGAGAGAUACCUUAUCACAAUCGAAUCCACGCAACUGAUGUUCUGCAUGCCGUGUGGUACCUUACUACUCAGCCCAUUCCGGGACUCCCAACUGUGAUUAAUGAUCACGGGUCAGCGAGUGAUUCAGAUUCUGACAGUGGAAUCACUCAUGGCCAUAUGGGUUAUGUGUUUUCGAAGACAUACACACCUACAGAUGACAGCUACGGAUGCCUAGCUGGCAACAUCCCAGCUCUUGAGUUGAUGGCUCUUUAUGUAGCUGCAGCCAUGCAUGAUUACGAUCAUCCAGGAAGGACUAAUGCCUUUUUGGUGGCAACAAGUGCUCCUCAGGCAGUGCUGUACAAUGACCGCUCCGUCCUGGAGAACCAUCAUGCUGCUGCUGCUUGGAACCUUUUCAUGUCAAGGCCAGAAUACAACUUCUUGGUCAACCUCGACCAUGUGGAGUUCAAGCAUUUCCGCUUCCUUGUCAUCGAGGCAAUCUUGGCUACUGACCUGAAGAAACACUUUGAUUUUGUUGCCAAAUUCAAUGCCAAGGUGAACGAUGAUGUUGGGAUUGACUGGACUAACGAGAAUGACCGCUUACUGGUUUGCCAAAUGUGUAUCAAACUGGCUGACAUAAAUGGGCCUGCAAAAUGCAAAGACUUGCAUCUACAGUGGACAGAGGGCAUUGUCAAUGAGUUUUAUGAACAGGGUGAUGAAGAGGCUAGCCUGGGCCUGCCUAUCAGCCCUUUCAUGGAUCGCUCUGCUCCUCAGCUGGCACAUCUCCAGGAAUCCUUCAUCACUCACAUUGUGGGACCACUAUGUAACUCCUAUGACUCUGCGGGGUUGAUGCCAGGAAAAUGGAUAGAAGAUAGUGAUGAAUCAGGAGACACCGAUGAGCAUGAAGAGGAAGAAGCAGCAGAAAUGGAAACUUGUGAAAAUGCUGAAUCCAGAAAGAAGAAGUUCAAGAGGAGGAAAAUCUACUGUCAGAUCACUCAGCACCUGCUUCAGAACCAUAAAAUGUGGAAGAAAGUAAUUGAGGAUGAGGAGAGGUUAGCUGGGACAGAGAAGCAAGGCGCGGAGCAAUCCACACUGCACCCAUCUUCAGAACAAAUUCAGGCCAUCAGGGAAGAGGAGGAAGAGAAGGGGAAGCCCAAGAGAGACGAAGAAGAGAACACAACUGUAGAACCGAACCAAUGACAAUAUUUACAGCAGUAUUUUAAGACAGAUUGACUCGUGCACAGACUCUUUCUCAAGCCAGCACAGCAUUUAGACACCACACUGUAGAAGUAUGGGAUUAUGCGCCUACAGCUGUUUAAUUUGUUUCUCUUUCCUUUUUAUGGUGAGGUACAUUGUUUAAACUCCUGUGCUCAAGGAAGCUUUCACACUGCUACACCGGCUUUUACAGACUUUCUUUAAAGAGAUUUGGGGUGGGGGUGGGGAGUGGAUUUAUAUAAAUAUAUAUAUAUAUAUAUAUAGCCAGGGUUUUUGGCUGUGCACUUCAGCAAAAUACAUUUAAUGAUAUAUUAUGGUCACUGUGAUAUUUACAGAAGGAAGUUAUCUAAAGAAAUGCUGUUUCUAAAGCACAUUUGCAGUUAACAGCGAGGUACCAGUUAAGUAGCUUUUGCUCUUAAUACUGAGGGAUAAAAGUUCCAAAGCUUUACAUGUGUCCUGCCAACAUAUAUGUGUAUGAGGGGAGCGCUCAUGUGUGUGGGUGGAUAUAAUGUCAUAUAGCAGAGUUUGAGACUAGCUGUAGCACAUCCCAAUACACGACAAUGAACAGGAGGCCUAAAUUUUAAGAAUUUGUGCCCAUGAGGAGCCCUUUUGAGGAGCUCUGUAUUCCCAUCCUCCUCUGAGGACCGGGCUGCAUGCUGGCUUUGUGACUUCAGCUCUUCUUCCUUCUCUUCCUCCUCCUCCUCCAGCACCUCCCAAACUGCUGGCAAAGGGAUGUGCCAGGGCACUUAUUCCAGUUGGGUUACGAGGGAUUGUGCAGCAUGCUGCCUGUGAAAGGCCCCGACCCUCUGUCUGCCUCUGAGUGCAAGAAUGGCAUAUAUGUUUGAGCAGGAAGCAGAAAAGAGCAAACGUGUGUGCGUAUGCAGAAACUAGAGGCAACACUGCCAUCUUUCCACCCAGACCUUAUGCCUCCACACAUCAGUGGCCAAAUAUACCAUAUAAGAGCGAAGCUAAGCACCAUCUCUUGAGAGCAAAAGAAGGGGAGCAUGGAGAUCAUGCCCCUUCUCAGAAUAAAAUGUGGACGAUGCAUUAGGAGAAGGGUUGGAGAAUGGUGCCAGUCCUGAGGAUGUCUCAGCAACCACUCACAGGAGCUUCGGAGAGCUUGGAUUUCAGUGCAAGGUGCUGGCUGGGAGCAGUUUGUUGCUGGUGUUCUGCCUAGAAGCAGCGUGUUUGAUCCCACCAGUAUACUUAAUGGUUUUUUCUUUUUAUUUUUCUUUUUCAAGUGAGAGGAAAAGAUCGCUCCUGUAGAAGAGCAGAUCUUUUUGUUUUGUUCUGUUUGUUUUUUCUCUGUUGUUUAUGCUGUGAGCCAAAUGUCUAUUUAAAAGGUUGAAUAUUCACUUUCAAUAUUUUAUUUCACGAUAUUGUAUUUGUCAAUGAUUAGCUAUCUAGAUGUAAAUAUGGAAAAAUUUUUAUGAGUUCCUGUAGAUAAUGAUAUCUUUAAGAAAAAGAAAAAAAAAAAAAGAAAAAAAGGGAAAAGUUUUUUUUGUAAAGCUAAUUUUUUAAAAAUGAAUACAAAGGCAUUUUUAUAUAGUGUAGCCAUUUUCAAACCCAACAAAAAGGUGUUAAGUAAUAUGUACAGACCCUUCUGGAAAGCCACUGGUCUGCAGGGUCAUGGCUUUUACAUAUUAAUGCUCUUUGGGACUGGCAACACCAUCCAGUACCACAACAUUUAGAGCAUUUUGUUAUUUCUUUUUUCCCCACAAGAAGAGCUAUAUAUAUAUUUAUAUAUAUAUAUAUAUAAAGCUCAGUAUCUCUCAAAAAUGAUUAGACUAUGUAUUCUCUUUUAUCCAAAUCCUGUAGCCCCUUGUCAAGAAGAGGAUUGCUUGUGGGAGUAAAAAGGCUUGUGAAAGGAAGAGUUUGUAGGAGAAGUCCUUUCUAUGUUAAAUAGCUGACAUUGCAUCCAUCAUUUUUUGCCAUUUUGUUAUGCAUUCACUCUACUUCAUGGUCCUAUUGAUACCUUCCCCAAAACAUUCUCUGCCAAAGCAAGUUGUCACUUCAGAGAAUCUCUCUGCUUUGCAUUUCUGAUAGAGUGAGAUUUGCUGGAAGAGAGGAGUUUGAUUUCUCACCAGUAGAGAUGUUUGCAUUUGGACAGAAUGACUCUAGAGUAUGGCUCUGGAUGCUCUUAUCAGCGGAAAGAUUUAGACAGUGGUUUUCAAUGAAAUCCGAAAAGCAAAGGUCCAAACUGAACUAUUAUUUUAAACUGAAAGGAUAGAGUUCAUUCAAAAGAAAGAGACAACUCACGUAUUCUCCAAGAUCCCAGCAAAUCUCUCCCAGAUCCAGCUUGCACCAUUUCACAGUGCAGUUUUAUUAACUCAGGUCUUUUACAGUGAAGGAUUACUGACAGGCCUAAAAUCAGAUGAUCUUUGAUUUUAUCCCAACUGGAAGCAGUGCCUGCAAGGAAUCAGAAGUAGCUGGGACUGGUUAACUGGGUAAGAGGUAACAUUUUUUUGCACUCCAUAUAGUUACUGGUAGAAUCCAAUUUCUGCAGUGUUCACUCUUUAUCAAUCUGCAUUUCUGGCAGGAAACAAUCAGGGAAUUCCCAAGGUUGAUUCACAUAUAACACAAAGAAAUGCCAGAGAGAUUUUGUAUCAAAUGUGUGAAAACAGUUUUUUACUUUAUUUUUUUGUUUUGUUUUGUUUUAGUAACUAGUGAAGCAGGUUAUUUUUCAGUGGUUGGAGUUCUUGUGUUUUUUUAUGUACUAGCUUCUAGUCCAAAGGAGGCAAAACUUCUGAGCUGCAGUUGCAGCAAUGUUUCUGAGGCUAGACCUUGAUGGUUUCCCACUUUGUGCAGUCCUUUGGUAGUGCAAAUAAACCACAACCUGUGCAAUAUUUUUGGAAAAGAAAAUUGUAUUCUUUCAUCAAAGCAUUCAGAUUUCAGGUAGGCUAUUUUAAAUGUUAAUAUGAGUUUCUGUAAUGUAUGUUAUGCAGAGGGGUUGGUUAAAUGCUAGAGAAAGCGCUAUCUAGUGUUUGCAGUUAAAAAAUAACGUGAGCCUUAUAUGAGAAAUAAGUUGUGGGAAUUUACUAUGACAAAGGAAUUCUCCAGUGCUCCUUGGAGCAUUUUAAUUUUAGCUUAUUCUGUGAACAAAGUCCCUUACAGAAAGCUGGAGAAUUGGCUAUGCAUCACUAAUGCCUGCAAACUCGUGCUGGCUCUCAGAGUAAAUGCCUGUCACGUUCAGGGUGUGGGUGGUUUCCAGGCAGUUGUGAUCAAAGAAUGCACUUUUCACCAAUGCAGGUAUAGUUAGUCAUCAGUUUUUACCCUGAUAUAAUGUGUGAACAUCUCUACAUCAUCAAGUUAUAAUCCCAGAACACAGUAGAAUUUGCUCAGAACCUUUUGACUGGUGGUUUGGGGGCUUAUACUCUUAAUGUUCUACUGUCAGAAGCUCUGAAUGUUCUGACUGUCUGAAUGAGGAAGGAAGAUAAGUCUAUAAUGUUUCAGAUAGAUACUUCUAAAAAUAUCAUCUGAGUUUUAAUCAAGUUCCAUUCCCAAAUCCUUUUUCAUGCUUUCCCUUUUGGACUUUAAAAUCAUUUGUUUUCUUCAGAAGGUUUUCCUCAAGUCCUGUCUGCUGAUUUAGAAGCAGUCUGGCCCUUCCUUCCUUCCUUCCUUCCUUCCUUCCUUCCUUCCUUCCUUCCUUCCUUCCUUCCUUCCUCCUUUCCUU